GUCCAGGUCUGCAGACGUCACUGGUCGAGAAUCUUUGUUUUCUCUCCACCUCUCGGUGGAGGAAUACAAGUUUAUCAUCCAGCCAGGGACGGGACGGUCUCGUCUGCCGCUCCUCUCCUGUAUCUGUCGGCGUGCACUGGGCUAUUUCUCCUGUAUGGUGGAUAUUCUUCUCAACACUUCUUUCUUGGAUGAUAUGGGGGAUCAUUCAAAAAAGAAGUCGGGAAUCGCAAUGUGUGUGGGCUGUGGAAGUCAGAUACACGACCAGUACAUCCUGAGAGUCUCCCCGGACCUGGAGUGGCAUGCAGCCUGCCUCAAGUGUGCAGAGUGCAGCCAGUACCUGGACGAGAGCUGCACUUGCUUCGUCCGAGACGGAAAGACUUACUGUAAAAGAGACUACGCAAGGUUAUUUGGCAUCAAGUGUGCAAAGUGCAACACGGGCUUCUGCAGCAGCGACCUGGUGAUGAGAGCCAGGGACAACGUGUAUCACAUGGAGUGUUUUCGGUGCUCGGUGUGCAGUCGACACCUUUUGCCGGGAGACGAGUUCUCCCUGCGGGACGACGAGCUGCUGUGUCGGGCGGACCACAGUUUGCUGGUGGAGCGGGCCUCUGCAGGGAGCCCACUGAGCCCGGGGAACAUCCACACCAGACCGCUGCACAUUUCAGACCCGGUUUCGGUUCGCCACCCUCCCCAUCAUCGGAACCACGUCCACAAGCAGACCGAGAAGACCACCCGGGUACGGACGGUGCUGAACGAGAAGCAGCUCCACACACUGCGGACGUGCUACAACGCCAACCCGCGACCGGACGCCCUGAUGAAGGAGCAGCUGGUGGAGAUGACGGGCCUGAGCCCCAGGGUCAUCCGCGUCUGGUUUCAGAACAAGCGCUGCAAAGACAAGAAGAAGUCCAUCCUGAUGAAGCAGCUCCAGCAGCAGCAGCACAACGACAAGACCAAUCUGCAGGGCCUGACAGGCACGCCUCUGGUGGCGGGCAGCCCCAUCCGACACGACAACGCCGUGCAGGGGAAUCCCGUGGAGGUGCAGACCUACCAGCCACCGUGGAAGAGCCUCAGCGACUUCGCCCUGCAGAGCGACCUGGACCAACCCGCCUUCCAGCAGCUGGUGUCUUUCUCUGAAUCGGGGUCUCUGGGAAACUCCUCGGGCAGCGACGUGACCUCCCUGUCGUCGCAGUUACCGGACACUCCGAACAGUAUGGUCCCGAGUCCCGUCGACACGUGAGGAGACCCCCCCGGGAUCAGCUGGAGCCCCCGUGGCCCUUAGAGACGCGCAAAUGGCUCAGUGAGACGCAACAGCGAAUAACGGAUCGGGGUGGAUUAUCUUCGAGGUCCCCUGUGGAGUACUGGAGGCCCGACUGUUCCUUUUCACAUUUAGACACUUUAGCUCACUAUUUUGCUCAAGGACACUUCAGCAGGACAGCAGGACAUGUUAACGGGGCGUCUGGGAACGGGACACCUUGACCUCUACAUGAUGCCAAUGGUCGAACUGGACAUAACGUGGGGAGGAUGUUGUGGCAGCGCGUCAGCGUGUAGCUACUGGACGUCUCAACGUUAAUGCUUAACAGUAUGUUUAUCAGGAAAAUACAAACUGUGUAGAUGUGCAUGAUUUCCAAGUGUCACUGUCGACUCGUGUAAAUUACCUAAACUAAUAACGAAACAUGCGCAUUGUUGGCGUUUCCUCCAGAAAAUAAGUUAUUAUUAUUUAUUAUGGUGACAGACAUAGUCGAUCUUAUCAAUAAAAACAUAGGUCUAACUGAAUAUUGCAUGCAAAAUCCAUUUGUUCCGCAAGCCGUCAGAACAAUUAAAGCCGAGAAAAUAAAUCAGUUUUGAGGAAAACGAA